AUGAUCAUCGCAGUCGAAAUUUCUCCAGAUAUAGACAUAUCAAGUCAUAUUGCUAACUUUACGAAUUCCGAUUCUGCCUCAACACAUCAUUUUAAUGACAUAAAUUUGACAGAAGGAUAUUUAAAAGAAAUAUAUCCAAGAUUAAAACUAAAUUAUAAAUGGUUUAGGAGAACGCAGCGAGGGGAAAUUAAAAAAUGGGGCAGAAAUGCUAGUAAUAACGAAGAAGCUUAUAGAUGGAGAGGCAGAACUCCAGGACAUACAUUGACUUCUGGGCUUGAUGAUUAUCCAAGACCAACACCACCACAUCCUGCAGAAUUACAUGUCGAUUUAAUGUGUUGGGUAGGAUUCAUGGCAAGGUCGCUUGGAAAUUUUGCUAAAAGGUUAGGUGAAUGGGAUGAUUAUGAGGAAUUUGAUGUUCAGUAUAAAAAUAUCGUUAAUAAUUUACAUGGUAAAUUGAAGUUGUCAGAUCUAAAUGUUGUAAUUAAUCGUUUAAUAAAGCAUGAUCGUGAUUCAAAGGAAAUUGGUUUUGACAUAGAUUUGCAUUGGAACGAGAUAUAUAAGACAUUUUGCGAUGUUUCAUUUGAUGGAGAGAAAUCGAUUUAUGUCUGUCACAAAGGCUACAUAUCAUUGUUCCCCAUGUUACUUGGUUUAUUACCCAAUGAUUCGCCAAAACUUGAUGCUAUUUUAGAUCUAAUGUAUAAUCCUGAUGAGUUAUGGUCACCGUAUCCUUUUUCUUUCUUAGAGCUAUUACCUGGGUUGAGAAGGAAUGAUCCGG